UCCAGUCAAGCACAAAAUCGAGAUAAUAAAAGGGAGUGUUCCUCUAAAGGGCUGUGUCUAUCGUAUGGGACAAGGCGAGUUGGAGGAGCUGCGGAGACAGAUUGAUGACAUGAUUGACCGUGGAUGGAUUAGGCCUAGUGAGUCUGAGUUUGGUGCCCCUGUCCUGUUUGUACUGAAGAAAGGGGGCAAGCUCCGAAUGUGCAUUGACUAUCGUGGCUUGAACCGGAUCACUAGAAAGAAUGCGUACCCUUUGCCUCACAUAGAUGAUUUGUUGGAUGCGGCCGGUGGUUGCAAGGUCUUCUCCAAGAUUGACCUCAAGUCUGGCUACCACCAGAUUGAAGUCGAUCCGAGUGACCAGCACAAAACCGCGUUCAAGACACGCGAUGGGCUGUACGAAUUUAUCGUUAUGCCCUUCGGCCUUACGAACGCACCAGCCACAUUUCAGUCCCUCAUGGACAAGGUACUUCGCCACCAACUUAACAGGUUUGUGGUUGUGUAUCUUGAUGACAUUCUGAUUUUCAGCAAGUCCAUGGAGGAGCACGUCAAGCAUCUUGAGGAGGUCUUGCAAGUCCUCAAAGAUGCUCAACUGCACCUCAACUUGGAGAAAUAUGAGUUUGGCAGGGACAACAUCAUCUAUCUUGGGCACCAGUUGUCUGUGACCGGCCUUGAGCCGAAGGCAACCAAAGUUGAGGUCAUCCGCAACUGGCCUCAACCGGCAAAUGUACGCGAGCUGCGUUCUUUUCUCGGUUUGGCUUCUUACUACCAGAAGUUUGUGCCUAAAUUCUCUGUCAUUGCUCAUCCACUCUCACGCCUGACUAGUAAAAAUGUUGCGUACGCGUGGUGUGAAAAGUGUGAGACUGUGUUCCAAGCCUUGAAAGAGGCUUUGGUGAGUCAUCCUGUGCUCCGCAUUGCGGAUCCCAACCUCACGUUCGUAGUCACUACGGACGCGAGCCAGUUCGGGAUUGGUGCAGUGCUGCAACAAGAUGAUGGCGAUGGCCUGUGUCCGCUUGAAUAUUACAGCAAACGCAUGCCCAGCCACAAGGUAGCCACUUCCACAUACGCGCGGAAACUCUACGCCUUGCGCGAGGCGCUCACGCAUUGGAAGCAGUAUCUCUUGGGUCGCCACUUCAAGGUCUACUCGGAUCAUCAGACCUUGCGGUGGAUUAAGACACAAAUCGAUCUUUCUCCAACGCUGACCCGCUGGUUGCAUGAUAUUGAUGUCUUCGACUUUGAAUUGAAGCAUAAGAAAGGCUGCUAUAAUCGUGUUGCUGAUGCUCUAUCGCGCCAUCCUGAGUAUUUGACUUGCCUGGUGGAUUCGUACGACCUCUACAGGAAACUGAAGGAGGAUCUGAUCGAACACAUUGCCAAGGAUCCGGACCUUGGUCCCAUCCUUGAGCAACUCAAGGCUGACCCCAACAGCCAACCUGAUUUUCAUGAAUGCGAUGGUCUUGUAUUCCGCCGGUACGGGAAAUUUGAUCGCUUGUGUGUUCCUAACCAUGCGCCUCUCCGGACUCAUUUCCUGGAUUUGGCACAUGGUCGGAGUGGGCAUUUCGUCUUUGAGAAGACUUAUGGAAGUCUUCUCCAGCAGUUUAAUUGGCCAGGAAUGAAGGGAUCUGCUCAGAAAUUUAUUGCCGAGUAUCAAGUCUGUCAGAGAACCAAGGUCCACAGGCAUAAGCCUUAUGGCCUGCUGAGACCUCUCCCAAUCCCUGAUGGCCCCGGGGAAUCGGUCUCUAUCGAUUUCACGGAUAUGGGGAAGGUGAGUACGGCAGGGAAUUCACAAGUCAUGGUCAUUGUGGAUUGCUUCUCUAAAUUUAUGAAUCUGAUUCCUCUACCUCCUCAUGCACCGGCUGAACUGGUGAUCGAAGAGUUUCACCAGCAGUACAUUCUGCAGUAUGGGCCCCCGAAAACUCUUGACUUGCAUAAAGUAAAGGGGCUGUACAACAACUCCAUCCAUUCUGCAGCCGGUGUGACACCAAACCAGUUGCAGUAUGGAUGGCCAAUGCGCAAUCCCCUCUCCUACCUGUUCUCAGAACGGUCACCUGGUCUGAUGCCUGACAUGCCUGGCUACAAUGCCAAGUACGCACGCUUGCUCAAAGCUGUGACCGCAGCCAUGAACAAGUGUCAGCAUGCCAUGAUCAAACAUGCUAAUAAGAUGCGCAGAGAAGAGAAAUUCAAAGUAGGAGAUUAUGUCUGGGUCAAAAUGUCUGAAUUUUCUGAUGAAGAGGGUGUUUCACGGAAGCUUCUUCCACUAUACUACGGCCCUUGGCAGAUUCUGAAAGUGAUUGGGGAUGAUUUCGGUCCUUCGUAUGUGAUUGACGUGCCGCCUCAUCUGCGCACGUACCCAGUCUUCCAUGCCUCCAAACUGUUUCCGCACAUUGAUGAUGAGACUUUUCCCUUCCGAGACCCUAUGAUACCUCGCCCUAUCGAUGGUGGCCAUGAGAUCGACAGAACCGUUUCUCACGAAGGGAGAGGGAGGAACAAACAAUAUAAAGUUCACUUCCUCUAUCACCCGUUGAAUGAAUUUUUCUGGAUCGACCGGAAAGAGCUGCUGAAUAGUGCGCCACGUGUUGUGAACGCAUAUGAACGACAAAUUGCUGAUGGACAGACCGCCAAGUUUGCUGCAAAACUCACUCCGUUCGGUCUCAAUAACACUCUCCUUUUGAUCUAUGCCUACGACGCCUUUUGUACCGACUCUGACUGAGUUACUCGCUCGAAGGGACCUCGCUCUCGAGAGGGGAGUAAUGUAAUGACCCGCCAAAAACACAGACUG